AUGGGGCAAGCAUUUCAAGUUGUUUCAUGCAGGUACAAGCCCCCUUCCACGGAUUUGGACACAAAAUUGAAACCUUUUAUCCCUGAUUUUAUUCCCGCCAUCGGCGACAUAGACGAAUUCAUAAAAGUGCCGAGGCCCGAUGGUCGGCCGGAUUAUCUCGGCCUCAAGGUGCUGGACGAGCCCGGAGCGCACCAGUCCAACCCCACCAUCCUGAGCCUGAAGCUUCGUCAGAUCAUCAAGAAGCCGGGGGGCCGCGACCAGAAGGAGGUGGUGGGCCUGGUGGCCCACGGAGAGGAGGGACGGAUCAAAAAGAUCAACGGCUGGAUCGAGAGCAUCAGGGAGAUCAGGAGCAAGAACGCGCCGCCGGUUGUCACGUACCCGGAGGCCAUGCCCGACGUCGAGGCGCUGAUGCAAGAGUGGAGCCCGGAGGUGGCGGAAACGCUGCAGGACAUGCGGCUACCCACCAAGGACUUGGACGUCGACUUGAUGACUUUCGUUAAAAUUGUGUGCACCGUCCUGGACAUUCCCGUGCGGUCUGACCCGCUCCCCUCCCUCCACAUCCUGUUCCUGCUCUUCCUGGAAUUCAAAAACCACCCGUAUCUGGCGGGACACCAACUGGCGGGGUCCGCCGAGGCCCCGGGGAGGCCAGUUGCCAGCGCCGGCGCCAUGGAAGGUCCGAUGGUGCCGAGCCCUGGGCUUAUGGACAUUCGCUGA